GGCUCACGGCAGCCCGGGGGCUCUCGGUCCCCACCUGCCGCUCCAGCCGCUUGGCCGCGCCGCUCGCUCCGGUACGGCCGCCCCGCCGCCCUCCGCUCCCCCGCGGCGGGGCGGGGCGGACCCGAUCCGGUUGGAGCGGGGCAGGUCGGGGAGGACACGCCGCUCGCGGUCCGUGGCGGACCGAAGAGCUCCCCGGGGGCCGCGGCGCCCUGCUCAGCGCAUGCGUCGCGCUGUGGGGAAUUGUUGCUCCGCUCCGCACCAACUUGCAGUCCGCGGAUCUUUCCCCGCGAGGCGGCGGCGGCCGGGAUGGGGGGGCCGGCGGCCAGGCAGGCCGGCCCGCGGGCGCUGUCGCUGCCGCUGGUGCUGGCCGUGGCGUGCGCGGCGCGCAGCGCCGACGGGCCCAGCAACAUGUCCUACGUGAAGGAGACGGUGGACAGGCUGCUCCAGGGCUACGACAUCCGCCUCCGGCCCGAUUUCGGAGGUCCGCCCGUGGAUGUGGGCAUGCGGAUAGAGAUCGCCAGCAUCGACGUGGUCUCGGAGGUCAACAUGGACUACACCCUGACCAUGUACUUCCAGCAGUCCUGGAGGGAUAAAAGGCUCUCUUACGCUGGAAUACCUUUGAACCUAACUCUGGACAACAGAGUGGCUGACCAGCUCUGGGUGCCGGACACAUAUUUCCAAAAUGACAAGAAGUCUUUUGUCCAUGGAGUGACAGUGAAAAAUCGAAUGAUUCGACUCCAUCCAGAUGGGACAGUCCUUUAUGGCCUACGGAUCACGACAACAGCAGCUUGCAUGAUGGAUCUACGCAGAUACCCUCUGGAUGAACAAAAUUGCACGCUAGAAAUUGAAAGCUAUGGAUACACUACUGAUGAUAUUGAAUUUUACUGGAAUGGAGGAGAGUCUGCAGUAACGGGAGUUAAUAACAUUGAGCUCCCACAGUUUUCUAUUGUUGAUUACAAGAUGGUAUCAAAGAGAGUGGAAUUUACAACAGGAGCAUAUCCUCGAUUAUCUCUUAGCUUCCGGCUUAAAAGAAAUAUUGGAUACUUCAUUUUGCAAACCUAUAUGCCUUCCACACUGAUCACAAUCCUGUCGUGGGUAUCUUUUUGGAUCAAUUAUGAUGCCUCUGCAGCCAGAGUUGCUCUAGGAAUCACAACUGUGCUGACCAUGACCACCAUUAGCACCCACCUCAGGGAGACCUUGCCAAAGAUUCCCUACGUCAAGGCAAUAGAUAUUUACCUGAUGGGAUGCUUUGUGUUUGUGUUCCUGGCCUUGCUGGAAUAUGCCUUUGUAAACUAUAUAUUCUUUGGGAAAGGACCCCAACGUCAAAAAAAGGCAGCAGGCAGGACAGGACGUGCUACAGAAGAAAAGAGCAGACUGGAAACAAAUAGAGUCCAGGUUGAUAUCCAUGGAAACAUGCUUCUGAGCCCACUUGAAAUACGAAAUGAUGCCAGCAGCUCAGACGUGUUCACGAACCUCCGUGAUCCGCGAGCCACCACGUACACGUAUGACAGUGCCAACCUGCAGUACAGAAGAGCCACUUCCAGCAGAGACCUCUACAGUCGGAGCGCUUUGGACAGGCACAGGCUCCAUAAAAAAGGACGCUUACGAAGAAGGGCAUCCCAGAUCAAAGUCAAAAUCCCUGAUUUGACUGAUGUCAAUUCAAUAGACAAGUGGUCCAGAAUGGUCUUUCCCAUCACAUUUAUUCUUUUCAAUGUUGUUUACUGGCUGUAUUAUGUCCACUAAGUUAUGCAAUAAUGUUACCAUAGACUGACAUAAUUAGACUUGGGGUUUUUUCCUUCUAAAUUUUGUUAACUGUGAAGGACUACAGUAGCCACAAUGUUACAUGCUCAAGGUAAGACACCCAACCAUUGAAUAGUUCUAGGUUUAAGGUAUCAAAAAAAAAGCCAACCCAAAAACCCAAAUCCAGACUCACUACAUGCAGAUCAGAAUAGUACCGAUCUGCUCCUAAAGAGCAUCUUCAGCAAAAAUGCUAUACCUCAGUUUUACAAAGAGUUUGUGCAUCACCCAUGACCCUUCUUCACCUGCUUUUAUAUUUUUUUAAGUGGUAUAAAAUUUAGUACCAGUGUAUUCCCACAGCAGCAUGCUUCUGAACAAGACAGUAAAACAACUCAAAGUAGUAGCCGUGUCACAGUCUUUCAGUAUUUGGUGUGUAAAGAAAUUUGAAGAAAUAACCGUUUGAAAGAUUAUAACUUACACCGUGCACCAUUUCAAAGCUAAUGGUUGUACUAGGAAGUAUCUCCAUAGUGUCUGUGACAAGUGCCACUCAAGGACAUGUAAGUCAGUUCACAUUUUCAGAGAGGCAGAGAUCUUCAAAAGAAAGGGCAGCAGAGACAAAUCCCACUGAGUUACCAACUAAGGAAUCCGUUGAUUGCAUCUGACUGGAAUUUUGUUAUUUCCACAAAGUAGCAAAGUUGAAAUUGAUGAGAAUAAUUGUGCCACCUGUAAUUUUGUAUUAAAAAAGUAGAAAACAAACAGGUGUUCAUUCCUGGAAGGAACUACAGAGGGAUACCCCAGCCCAAGACUUGCGACUUUUCUUGACUCCCAGUUUUCCCAUGGCUGGUAAUUGCAACACUUUCUCCCAAAAGUUGGCAGAUGUCUGCAAACAGGUCUGAGGAGAUUUCUGCACACAGAUUUCUUUACUCCGUUGAGGAACAGGAGGUACAGCUGAGUCUUACAGCACACUGGUGAUGGUGGGAGCUGCCUCUUCCCACCCGGCUGCUGGCACAACCACGGCCCAGGAGCUGCAGGCGAAGUGCUGGGGAGCUGCACGCAACUGAGGAGCAAUAGGUCAGUCCUCUCCUAUCUGUAUGAAACCCAUUUCCCUGCUCUAUUGCCAUUUUUUUUCUAACAGUGUUUAUACUAUGUUGCCUAAUAUAGCAUUUUCUUGAAAUGGAACUAUUAUCAGUUAAAUUUUAUUUUGUAUUGAAAGUGUUUUGUACUUGUAGGAGAGUCAAGAUAUAGAAGCCAACAGUCUACCUAUGUACUGAGAUGAUUGUUACCAAUGCCAGCUGGUACAGAAAGAAACACUGAACAGGACACUAAGCAGCAACACCUGCAGUUAGGAGUUAGUAGGGAAUAGAAAUGAGCGAUGUGGAAAGCUUCUUCGCCAGUUCCUCGUUGCCUGGCAUUAAAUCAACUGACGACUUUAUUGCCAGCUGACGUUACAACUUCUUAAUCAGAAUAUAAUAAUAAAUGAAACACUCCUAUAUGUUAACAUUUGUCACAUCCUGCAAGACCUCGACUUCCUAACAGAUCAGGACCUGCUGCCCUUUCUCUUUGUGCAGUAGGCUUCUGCUGAAACAAUCUAGAAUGAUAAAUCACCAAACAAGAAAGGGAGUAGCUUUAAUGUACUCAUUACAAAAAAAUAAAAGGCUUAAAAACAGGCAUUUGACAUUGCUAAUCCAGGAGGGUCCUUGAGACUAUCCGUUUUUCUGUGGACUCCAAAGUGCCAGUCUCAUCCCAAGUUCAGUGGAGCACAAAGGUGGACUUCUCAGCUGUGUCUUCUCUGCUACAACAUUAACUUCCAGCCUAUUGAAGAGCUGCACAGUUUUACCAGAUUCAUCAGACACUAGGUGCAAUUUGAAAUUACUCAGGAUAAAUAUUAAUUCAGUCAAAUGGCUCUUCUGAAUAGGGUACUACUAUCCCCACCCUAAAAUAACUCAAAAUAAUUUUUCAACAUUUUCACCAUAUCAGCAACCAAAAUCCCACAUGGAACAUUUUGAUUAAUUUUUCAGUCAAAUUUAAACAAUGCUUAGAUUGAGAAUAUUUGAAUGGCAACUAACAAUAUUUUGAGAUCAUAAAGUAAACAAUACACAGAACAUAUGGAAGCAUUGUAUUCUAAGCAAACUCAACUUUUCAUGAUUGCAAAAAAUAGCCCCAAGAGGGAGACAACAGUUAGGCCGUAUAUGCUGUCCAUUCCAAACACACACUCCGUUAAAUGGUUUUGAAUUCAACUGGCACCAGACUUUGCAAAGAGAGGGAAUAAGUCCAUGAGCUAGUAAACUUGACAGCUUUGUGGUUACACACAGAAAUAAAUUUAAAGAGAGCAAUACAUUCUGCAGAUUUGUAGUGUAAAACACUCUGUGGGGAAAACCAAAAAAACUGUCAGUGACUCAUGUUUUUGCAUUACCUGAUUUCUCAAAGAUAUUGACAGACAGGCCACAGGUCAGUAAUUUAAGCCAGCUGUCCCAGUGGUGUGAAGACAUUACAACUCCUCCUUAUAGUGGACAGUUAGGAAGAGCCAAAAUCCAAUGUGAUACUGAAACAAGAAUUUAGAUAGAAAGGGAACCCUUGCCUCCUACUACAGAAGCAAAGAUCAACUGUACCGGUCUUCGAUAUUUUUUAUUGUAGACUCCUAACAUCUGCAUACACUUAUUUUCUAGCUUAUGGAUCAUCCAACUAAUUCAUGUACAGAUGUUAGACACAUGGGCUAAAAGCACUUAUAUGGUACAAUUUCAAGGAAAAAAAAAAAGUGUAUGGAGCAGAGGAAGGGCCAUUAACAAAGCGAGAACACUGCAAACACGAAACUCCUUCACAACGGCAUGUUCCAAAACAGCAGGGUCCAACCUCGCGCAGCGGGAGUCCUUCAACAGACGUCACCAAUACAAAACCCAGCCCUGCUGCCAGUUUUGAAUGGCACACAGCGAGGUCUGGUUGUUUUGAGAGCUGGAAGCGCUUGGCACCAAGUUUUGCAAGCAGGGGCUAGUAACCACACCUCACUGCCAGGGUGGCAAUAUCUUAGCCCAGAGACAGCAUCUCCUGCCUCCCACUGAUCCCCAAUCUGCACAUUUAACCACUAACUCUGGUAAAGAAAACAGAAUUUGGCAUACAAGCUUGCAAGUCACAUUGGAUUUAAACUAAAACGUCUUUCAAAGCAUCAAAAGAGAAUUAAAACCAAAACUUGGGAACAGAGUAUCUAAGCAUAACUAUCAUGUUUUCCAUUUUUCCAUUACUUUUAGAAAAAAAGCAGAAGAAAAUGUUUCUCACUUGAGAGCAAUAGCUUGGCAGCAAGAAAAAGGCAGUGGUUAUUAGAGGCACAGAAUGGAAAAAUGUUGAUAUUUAUGGGUUACCCACUUACAUUACCAUCUAGAGCUAGGAAUUAGUGAGCACAAAAGAAACAAAACCUCUUCCCAUCAAUAGGUUGGAGUCAUUUGGCUGGCUUUAAGUGAUAAAAGUGAAUAACGCUGUAACACUAAGCUCCAUCACUGUUGUAUUGUAGUAGUUGGUUUGCCUGCCCAUAGGGACUGGACUUCAAACUCAGCAGAGAUUAACUCCUAUUGCUAAUUAGGUUUCAGGUAAACCCCCUUAAAAUUUGUGCCACUGUUUCAUGUAAUUUGUGAGUUUGAACAGAUUAUUUAAAGAAACCUGCACUGGAAGUCCUUUUUAGCUAGGUUUCCCAAACAUGAGCUUCUACAGUCACUGUGUGUGUGUGUUUGCCUAUGUGGGAGUCUCCCAGUAAUAUUUGAAUCCAUUGGCAAUUUCAACCAAAUGAUAACAGAACAGUAAGGACCUGUUAGAUAAUACAUUCUUACAAGUUUCAACAAAGCAGGUAGCUGAGCAGGAGACAAAGCUCCUGUUAAUUCAUCCCCCUUCUCUGAGAGAAAAGGACUUGAUAAACCCCAAUCUUAUUGGUCAUCAGAGAAUCCACACGGGAGGGCAAUUCAAUAAGCAGAUCCACAGGGAAAAAAAGGUUCAUGGAUUUUCAUGCUCUUGAAACUAUUUAUUUCACACAUAAUCAUCUUUUAAUUUCAUUCUAAUCUUCCCUCUCUUCAGCAGUAUCACACCGAGUUAGCAAUGAAACAGUGGCUAACUCAGCAACGUGUUUGGAGUGUGUGUUUCUCCGAGAGCAAAUUAAACAGCUCCUCUGUGCUUGUCCAAGGCUUCAAACUGGGAUGGAGUCAGCCAGGAGACUGCAGUGAUUUUGCCCAUCGCUCUAAUACCAACCCAGCUGGGCAGCCAGUCUCCUUGGCUGAGCAAAACUGCUGGUUUACAAGAGCUUUGUUGUUGCGAUGGAAGGCGUGAGAGCUGGCACCAGCCCAAAACAGUGUGUAAGAGUCAGCUGCAGCCACUGCGAUGGACAAAGCAAAAUCCUUCCACUUCAUUUAUAUUCCCACACAAUUCAAAACAAUUAAGAAAGAAUAGCAAUAGUGAUAGAAAAGGUCUUAAAACAUCACCAAAAACCCCAAAAAUUUCAAUAUCACAGGAAGAUUUCUGACAACAUUCCUGCAUUCUAUGCUACCACUGAACAGCGCAGAAGUUGCUCUUUCAGAGUUACCUCCUGGUUCACCUUGUUUACCCUUACAGAAAAUAUUCCAUCUCCUUGUACUGCAAGUGGGUGAUUUCUUGAGAUAAAUCAUGAGGAAAAGUCAUCCAGGCCUGGGGACGGUGUUCCACCAGCUGCUUCUGUUACCCAUCACUGAUGAACCUUUGCCCCUUCUCAUGAUUUGCCACGUACUGCGGAUGCAUUACUAACACUGCCUUGGGAGUACUAGUCAAAAAAAGACCUGUUUUAUACCUGUUGCGCACAAAAAUUGUUUAAAAUUGUUUCUAUAUUGAAAAGCAUAAAACAACACCUCUAUGAUUGUAUAAGUAUGUUUCUUCCUACCCCCAUAGGCAUUCACCCUGCAGCCCAAAGAAGGUAGGAGAUCACAAAAGAAUAUUGAACUUCAGUGAUGAUACCAAAAGGUAUAUGCACAGGGUGAAAAAAAUUAAGAGACAAUUGAGAAAUAUGGUAUUUUUUAAAGGAAGAUCAGGUAAUUUUGGUCUACUUGCUGUCUUGGAGUGCAGAGUGAACUCUAAUUAUGUUGUCUGCUCCUUGGUGUGUUUGUUUCUCAGUUAUUUUAUAAGACAUUUUGAGUCUCCAUGUUAUUAAAACAUCACAUCUUAUCUUGUGCUGGUGCCAGUGUAUGAAAUGGCACAGUAGUAAUUCUCUUACAUGUUUAUUCUUGGCAAAAUCCAAUGAGUAUCAUUACCAAUAAGGAGAUAAAAUAAUUACAUGGCAGGAGAACCACGUCAUCUCUCUAGAGAUGGUCUCUGAUGAGUAAUGUCUUUGUCUAUCUGUAUCUACACAGUCAUAGAGGAAAGUACAAAAUAUCAAUCACACCACCAAAGAUGUUCAUAAAGAUGGUUGCCUUUGGCAGAUAAUGCAUUUCACUGAGAGCAUCAGCAGCUUUGUUUUCAUCUGUGAACACAUAACUUUCCUUGUUCCCAUCUCUGAAAUGUCAUUUGCUGUUUUGAUCUAGCUGACAACAUAUUACCUGAUUUUUUUUAGAUUUUCAGAGGAGACAAACUUUGAAUACUGUGUGCUGCAGAAAACAGCAGCUUUACAAAACAGAGGUGGCAAAUCAUCAUUUCAAGAAAAAGCUGAAUGAGACUUUUGCAUAGGUAAAGAAUUCAGGACUGGGUUUUAUUAAUACAAAGGCAGUUAACAGCAGUUCUCAUCAGAUCAUCCAAUACUUGCUCUGGCUCCCAUCUAAAUAAAUAUUAAAACAAUUGUGGAAUAUCUGAAACCUCUGCAUUCUCAGGAAACAGAAUUCCUUCUUUUACUGUGGCCAUUAAAAAAAAAAGAAAAAGAAAAAAGUUAUUUAAUCUAUAUGAUGCUAUGAAUCCUUCCUCUGGAUAGUCCACCACCAAAGCAGCCCCUGUGGAUCUGUGGUAGUUUCCAGUUAGGAAAUCUCCACACCUUCAAAUGCCUUUCACUAUUGUAUUUGCUAAAUUAGCUGACUUAUCUGAUGCUAAAAAAUAGCCCCAGCCUUCUCUAUGUGGGGCCCUUGUUGGUGCUAGGCACAUAUUGAGAGUACUUUUGAGCAAAAUUCCCAGCCAUAGACAAUGUGAAAAGUUGAACAUGCAGUAAAUCCUCCAGAAACCAGCUUAAAACAUGAGAUUCUGCUCCUGCAGUGACCUUUCCACACAGCAGUCUGAUAACGUGAACUACACAGGCUUGUAAAAGUCCAAAGGAUACAUCUUUGUGAGAUUUUCCUCCUUUUUUAUGUUUCAGCAGUGGUCCUCUGAUCUUACUUGAGCUGUCUCAAAGUACGUAUAAACUGUAAAUUUACAGAGGGAAGUAUAGGAUAUUGCGAAAUGUAACAAAUGUGGAUUUAAAGACGUAAAAAAGUUUAUAGACUAUCUUGACCCACAAAAGCAUUCUCUGGUACCAGAAAAGUAAAAAUCCCUUUAUUUCUGAUACUUCAUUAUAAAUAUUAAUUCACAACUAAAAGUGAUAGCAAAGUGUGCAUACUUCAGGGCAAGGUGUUACUGGUUCUUAAAAACACCUUUCAGAUAAAAGCAUAAUCAUGUUUCAGCAUGUUUCUUAUCAGAAAGGCUUGCUCCAGAACUCAGAAAUGUUCUACAGGCUUAUAUAGAUAUUUUUAAAAUGCAGCAUCUUGACAUACACAAUUGCUUUGUUGCAAAAGCAAUUUUAUUACAGUAAUCACUUCCAUACUGAGAGAUUGCUGGUCAGAUCCAAUUCUGAUUCACUUUACUGUGCCAAGGUCAAAGAUGAAAUGAUUGAUCACAAAAAACAUUAUUUUUCUGAAAUCAAGUGAAGAUUUCUGUUAAAUGGAUAGAAGUGCAAUGAAUGCCAAUGGAGGGCAAGUAACAUUAUUUUUAUAAUUACUUGUUAUAUUUUGUAUCCAGUUAUGCUGUGUUUUCUGUUUCAAAUUGCAGGUCUGUUUAUGCCAUGUGAAUUCCUCUGGGUGCUUUUUAAAUGUUGGAAUGAAAACUUCAUACAGUGUGUCCGUUAUGUGUACUGUUUUCAUUAGGACUUUUGGUUGAAAGACCCUACUGAACAAAAUUUUGUUUCUAGUCUUAAUUACGUGCUUAAGAGAUCUGUACAUAGUACCUGCAAAACCACAGGGAUUUUACCAGUGUAUUUGUGAGGGUUAUUCUUUUUUUUGCCCACACAACCACAGGACCCAGAAGUGAGCUGCUCUACAUGGGGAAACACUAGGAGUGUCCCUGAAAGAGGACAAAAGGUGGAGCAUCAUCUGGGAACAACCAUUAUAAAUUAGCAUGAUGGGAUGUGCAAAGAUGACAGCCAUUCAACUUAACAUAGCCAGCUAAUUUGAAAGAGCUCAGGUCUGGAAGAACAGAGGAAAAUAUAGAUAUGGGCAAAGUGAGCAGAUGGGCAAGGACAAAAUUUAAAGUUAUUUAAUGUUAAUGGACUCCUUCCAACUCCUGCACCUUUGGUCUAAUUCCUACACCUUCAGAAGAUCUCCCUGAUUCCACCCUUAGUCACAGACUCAAGUGGCUUUGUGAGUGACACUCCCCACAUCACAGCCCCUCCAUGGCUUUUGUUACCAGCGCAGUUCUUGUUUUUCCCUCUGGUCCCAGCACACGGUUCGCCCAGGGGCUGUGACAUGCCCUGCAGUGCUCUGCACUGUGUGAAAACCUGGCUGGAAAUAACGAUGGCAGCUUCCUUACCUGACGCCCCUAUUCUUCAGCGCGGAAGGGAGUAUGGCCAGGCAUACUUGACAGACGUGCUCCUGGCCACAUGAGCUUGUUUUAGAUGUUUCCGUCCCACCUACAUUUUUGCUGUUCACUACCUUUUCAUGUCUACCUGCAUUCACUAAAGUGUGUAUUGAAGUUGACACCAGUAUAAUGGGUUUUGUGGAGUAUUUAGCUUUUUGCAUCACUUUGGCCUGGCAUGGUCUCUACAAAUGCCUUAACGGUCACAACUGCAGACCUUGCUUGCUCCAGAAGUACCUAAUUCUCUGAUGGGUGGUACAAAGUUCACAACAGCAAGCUCUUUUCUCCAUUCCAUUUGUUCCUUCUCCUUCCCAACCCCUGGAGGUCAUCACGUGCCUUAUGGACAGUCUAUUUCCCUGUAGAGAUCUGAAGUCAGGAUGCGCAUUUCAAAUGUAAUUCCAUGACAAUCAUGUUCUAGCUGCUAGUUCUCAACUGCUCAUCAACUGGUGCUCUUCUCUCUCUCUAGCUCUUCACAUGGUGUUGUUAUGCCCUGUCAAAAACAUCAUUUUGAUAGUUAUGUAAAAAAUACUUUCAAUAAAGUCUAACGCCCGUGAAAAAGCAGCACAUUGCAUACUUGUUGCUGCUACUUGAUAACAGAAACUGUAUUUUCUUUAUUUAAAUGCAAAACCAAAUAAUCACUGAAAUUGAUUCUUCAGCUUUUCCUGUUCAGUGCUGCAGUAAAGAACAGAACAAAUAUAGCACGAUACAAAGGGUGAAACACCACCACAUGCCCUUAGAGCAAUUUAAAACUAUUUUACAUAACUUGUUAUUAAAUUUAAAAUGAAACUAUACUGACUUUAAGUCUCUACUAUUAAGAAAAAGUCUGAAUUUUUUUUAAACGGCAUCUACACUUAAAGAUAAGUGCUUUCUAUCAGCUAGAUAUGUGGCAGACUUUGCAAGAGAAGUUUCAUAGGUUGAAUGUAAAAAUGGAAGUUAUCAUUUGUGGCCUUUUAUUGUUGAGAAAACACAACUUCAUUUUGAAGAAUUUACUGUAUUUUUGAACAACUGGUCUUUGAAAACUAAGCAGCAGCAACACAGAAGUUCUGUUUAGUAACGUACUGCAAAAUAAGUUUUAAAUAUCCACUUUGAUAUUCUUUGAAGUACAGACUUCUUAAAUGCCUUCACAGCACAUGUAUAAAUUGCACAAAUGGAUCAGUACACAAGUGUCUUCUAUCCAACUGACAUCCCGAACUUGAUAGUGUACACUCUUAUGAAAUAAAUUGCUGUUUAUUUAUUUAUUUCUGCUACUGUAAAUAAAAUGAAUAGUUUUCAGUCUUUUUGUCCUAAAGGAUAAAAAUAGUGUUCCAACAAUAAAGAUCAGUUUUAAAAAAUCA